UACGGCCGUACCAUUUCAGCUUGCUAGUGCAGAAAGAUGUGAAUUCAGUUGCUGUAUGAGCCUGGCCUGGUGCAAACACAUUGCUAGAAACAUGUUAAAGAGUUCCAGGUGAAUCAAGGCUGAGUGAGACAACAGCAAAACGAUAUGUGUCACAAAGAUGUCUACACGGAACUGCCAGGGAAUGGACUCAGUGAUCAAACCCCUGGACACAAUUCCUGAGGAUAAAAAAGUCAGAGUUCAGAGGACGCAGAGCACUUUUGACCCAUUUGAGAAGCCAGUGAACCAAGUAAAGAGGGUGCAUUCUGAGAAUAAUGCUUGUAUUAACUUUAAGACCUCCUCUGCUGGCAAAGAGUCCCCUAAAGUUAGGCGGCACUCCAGCCCCAGCUCGGGUAAAUGGGAAGUUGGUAGCCCUGAAGGUGAUCAGGCUGCAAGAAGAAGAAGGUACACCUUUCACAGCUAUAAGGGAAGCUUCUCUUUUAAAAGGACUAAAACACGCUAACAUAGUGCUACUUCAUGACAUCAUUCAUACCAAGGAGACGCUGACACUUGUGUUUGAAUAUGUGCACACUGAUUUAUGUCAGUACAUGGACAAGCACCCCGGGGGGCUGCAUCCAGAUAAUGUGAAGUUGUUUUUAUUUCAGUUGCUGCGAGGGCUGUCUUACAUCCACCAGCGUUAUAUUUUGCACAGAGACCUGAAACCACAGAACCUUCUGAUCAGUGACACGGGGGAGUUAAAGCUGGCAGAUUUCGGUCUUGCAAGAGCAAAAUCCGUCCCUAGCCACACAUACUCCAAUGAAGUGGUUACCUUGUGGUACAGACCUCCAGAUGUCCUCCUAGGCUCGACAGAGUAUUCUACCUGCCUUGACAUGUGGGGAGUUGGCUGCAUCUUCGUUGAAAUGAUCCAAGGGGUUGCUGCUUUUCCAGGAAUGAAAGACAUUCAAGAUCAACUUGAACGAAUAUUCCUCGUUCUUGGAACGCCAAAUGAGGACACGUGGCCUGGAGUUCAUUCUUUACCACAUUUUAAGCCGGAACGCUUUACCCUGUACAGCUCUAAGAACCUUAGACAAGCGUGGAAUAAGCUCAGCUAUGUGAAUCAUGCAGAGGAUCUGGCCUCCAAGCUCCUACAGUGUUCCCCAAAGAACAGACUAUCUGCACAGGCUGCCUUGAGCCAUGAGUAUUUCAGUGACCUGCCCCCGCGGCUAUGGGAACUGACGGAUAUGUCUUCUAUUUUUACCGUCCCAAAUGUGAGAUUGCAACCAGAAGCUGGAGAAAGCAUGCGGGCCUUUGGGAAAAACAAUAGUUAUGGCAAAAGUCUAUCAAAUAGCAAGCACUGACAAGCACAUCUCCAGAGAGCACGGGAUUAAGUUUUCAUCAUUCUGGAAAGGAAAAAAAAAAAAAAAAAACCAAACAAACAUUAACGAAGUGGCCAAUAUAUGAAGGAAAGCAUGGAACAGUUUCCUUUAGCACCCUGUGGUGGAUUUCACUUACAAGAAAAUUGAAGCUGGCAAGACCCUGUUUUCUCUACAAUUUAUUUAAAACCUUGCACGCAUUUGGAUACCUUGUGAUUUCCAAGAACUGUGUGAAGAUUAAGCUUUGCUUACUGAUACGUGGCAUGUAUUCUUUUCAGUCUUUUGUGUUUGAUUUUGUUUGAUUUCCCUCUGCAGCGCAGCGUCUCUGUAAAGGUCUUUAUGCUUUCACCAGCCAUGUCUUAAAUGCAUUAAGACAACACAUUUGGUGUUCGCACUUCUUCAGUAAUGUCUGUACUUGAAAGCCACACAGUGGCAUAAAGCAAUGUGUGUUUUCUUUGAGAGCAGUGCACAUUUUGCAACUACCAGGAAGGAAACUUUUUGCUAAAGCAAUCCCCUGUCCUCUGACUUGACAACUUGGUCCCUGGCUGCAGGACCCCACCUGUUGCUUACCUUUUGAGGAUAUUUGCACAUGUGGGAUUUUUUUUCUUGGAAAUAACUGCACAUUUAUAUAAGAUAUUGGAUCUGCUUUGCAUUUUCAAGCCACCAUAGCAUGGCUGUUUUUUUGAUCAGUGAAGAAACAAAUAUUAAAUGUUAAAAAACAAAGACAGGGAUAAAUUGCCUACUUUUCAACCUCUGCUGAUUGAGGUGACUUUUUCAUGUGGUCUGGGUCUUGUCAACAUCUUACUUCUUUCCAUCCACUCUGUUCCACUUUGUAUUUUCUAAGUGGAGAAAGUGAGGAACAGAAUGUUUAAAACUAGGGUGCAAAAGAGUCAUACUUGUUGGAUGAGCUCUAAAGCAGUCUUGGUUGGUUAAAUGCUUAAAAAGCAAAUUAUGAAAUGGGAUCCAGUUAAAAGUUUGCUCACUUACGACAAAAGCACCUUCAAAAAAUUAACAUUAAAAAAAAAAUCCCAAACUGAUUGGAAGAAGUCACUGGGGUCCUUACUUUAAAAAGUCCCCUGGAAUAACUGUUCAAAUGCAGGUUUUGGAAACAAUGCAGGAAUCUUGCUUUAAAGACAGAAAAAGGAAACUCCUUGUUUAAGAGGGGCCUUGGAGGGAGGAUGAAGGUGAGCAUGUGACUCUGGGCAAAAGUGGCCUAGGCAUGGACUGUGCUUUGUUCUGGAAGGAGAGCUGCCUGGUGCGGGCCCGUUCCCAGGAGGGCAGGCUUCGCUGCAGAAUCCCCAGUAAUAGGGAGGCCAAAGGGCAGUUAGGAAAUUUCAUCUAAAGCAUGCAACCUAGGUCCUCUGAGCACAAAUUCCUAUGGAAAUACCUUUGUGUACUUUGUUUUACAUUUCCUAUAAGUCAGAAAGGAGAGACUAAGAGCUUGAAAUGUGUCACACUUUUUUAGGAUCAAGACCAGGAAUUAUGAAACAGUUUGACAAAGACUUUCUCAGAGAGUCUGGUGAGGGAAAAGCUUUUCUGUAGUCAAACCCAGUACACUUAGAAAACUGGGCUGAAAAGUCCUAAACUUUAAAAUGGUACUAUUUCUGGAGUGAGGCAUGAGGGGGGAUGUCAAGGACAUAAUUCAUCCUAUCCAAAUGUAGCAUUCAUUGUACAUUUGUAAGUGCUAAGCAAAGUAUUACUUACUGAUUGAUUUUUAAAGAGAGCAAGAGACACCCAAGGUUAGAAUGUUUACUAUUUGCUACGUAGAAAUCUUUUUCAUUCCUCUUUCAUACAUUCCAACCCCCUGGAAUUCUUUAGAGGUAUUUUGAUUUAAAGUAUACUUCAAUUAGGAUUGCUUAAAGUAAAUAUAGGAGGACAACUUUACAUGUAAUCAAAAACAGGCUUUCCUGUGAUUUGUUUUGAAUGAUUCAUUUGGGGGAGAGGCAAGACUUUUGUAUUUCACUAAGUUUAAAUCAAGAUCAACUGAUGAUUACAUCUUGCUAUUUAAUAAGGUUUCUAAUGUGAAAUUUUGCAAAUAUUUAAUGUCCAAAGACUUCAAUUAGGGCAAUUAGAGAUACAUGACCUUUUCACAGGCAGCUUCUCUUGGGAAGUGAAAUACAAUGCUACUUACUCCGUGGGGGGAGAAAUCUGCUUUAUUACAGAGACGUACUUCUCAGACGGUUAGGAGGUUUUGAGCCCCCCCAUCCUUGCCAUCUGUACAGGGAAUCCAGAUUUUGGUUCUCCCUCUCUCCCUCUCUCUCCUCUGCCCUCUUUCCUUUUCUAUUUGCAAUCACGUUCUCCCUCCACUUUUCUCUCCUACCUUCUCUGAGGGCAGUCAUGAAAAUAAAUACGUUCUGUGUUCAUUAGCAGAUUUAUUAUUCUAUUGAGAAAGCACUGGAAUGUUUAGUGAGAUUAUUUUUAUAUGAAGGAAUAGUUUGAAUUCAAACAGCUGGUGAGAAUAAUAAGAACACCUUAGUGCAGUGAUUGUAUCAACAGGACAUCACUGCACAGGCAGUAUUCUGAGAGGAGAUUUGAGAUUUAAUUUUCAUUCUCUUAAGAGAACAGUUUGGCUGACUUAAAAAUACAAAAUACGUAGGACAUGUAGUAUGCAGCAGAAAAUAGGGGACAGAAGGCAGAGGUGGCUGUCCAUCCACUGAAGCAAGGGUGAGAAGCUAUUUCUAUCUCCCAAGAGUGGCGAGAAGAGUUUCCAGGGGAGCCUCCAGGCUUGCAGAGAAUGCAAGGCCUCUUGGUAUCCUUUCCUCGGUGUGUAUAUGACAGCCAGUGUAAUCAGUCCCCUAGGUUAUGCCUCUAUAGAAGAUACUCAUCUGUGGAUAUUAUUGGUUUUGUAAUCUUUGUUAUAUAAAAGGAUGUUUAGGCUGUACAUACCGGGGUAGAUUAUUGCCUGCCUCCUAUACAUAGGAAUAUGCUACAUCAUCGCGCAUAACCUCCAUCUCCUUUACUGGCUUGUAGGCAGAGAAAACUAUAUAUGUUACUGCCUUGUCAUUUUCUCAUACACCAAAAAAAGAAACAAAAAUAGAAAAAAACCUCAAUAAAAUAAGCAAUCUCCUAUUCUCAUUCCUUGUCCCACAGCAGCAUAUUUUAGAGACAUAUACAGACUCUACAUUCUCUAGUUGGGAGUGGAUUUUUUAAUCUUUUUUUUUUUCAUAUGAUGCACUGAGAUUGUACUUUCUAACAGGGGAUUGGUACCGAAGAAAUGUGCUAGCAUCAUUCAAAAAACUAUUAUACUUCAAAAUGACAUAUAGCAAGGAGAAUGGAAUAAUAACAUGUUGCAUAUUUGUUACUCAUUGUAAUUUGUCUGUAUUAUGAAAGAUGUAAUGGUUUGUCAGCUGUCACUGUUGUUUUCUUGUAACAUGAUAUGGAAUAAAGUAUAGCAGAAUCUCC